AUCAAGAGCCGGUUAACGCACUGCGGGGAGAGAGGGAGUGAGAGCACUAAGCAUACAGAGAGGAGUUUCCUGAUCCUAGUGUGGGAGCAGCAACUAGUGACAGCCUUUGUUUGGUAAGAGCCAGAAGCUCAGGGCUAACCCUGUUGUGUGAGAGUGGACCGUACAGAGGACAUCUACAACCCUCCCUUGAUUUAUCUUCAAGGGAAGGGGCUUGGUCAUCAAGUCAAGUGAGGCUAUUAGGGAUGGUGCAGACUCGACAAACUAGCUUCGUUGUUAACACUUGGGGGUGUGCAGAGGAGAGUCCUUGGGAUUAGGGGCUGGAGGAAGGCUUUCGGCUGGCUGGUGGCUAUCUUUACAGAGAACAAGGAGAGGCUAAUGUGACCACAGAGAACACCAAUGGCUUCUCUACCCCCCCCAACCCCUCCAACCUCAGUGCCUAUGUCCAACAGGGCCUCUAAGAUGGAGGAUGAUGAGGAAGAGGAAGGUAUGAAGUUUGACUUUGACAACAGUGACGAAGAGUGCAAUACGACACCAGCAAACUCUGUCUCUGCCAUGGCCAAGGGCUUUGAAGCCACUGUGAUGGCGGGGCUUGCAUCAAAAAGGAACACAAUGGUCCCUAGUUCUGCCCAAGACCCAACAGUAAAGCCAAGGCUCAAUGGAUGGCCGUCUGCUGGAAAGGAGGACCAGAGCAUGCACUCACUCCCUCAUUCCAAUAGCUCAGAGAUGGCUGGAAGAAGGUCUCCUGAGGGCCGCUCUGAGCUGGGAGUGUCAGGAGACACAGAGGGCUCUGGGAGAAGAAAUGGCAUUUAUGAAGGGAAACCUCCCCCUAUUCUUGAUGUAGGAGGUCCAGGUGAUGCAGCAAGUCCUGAAAAUGAAAAUGUGUCUAGUCCGGAGGGCCUGCAAAGUCCAGAUGGUCUGGCCUGCACAGACAGCCCACCCAGCCCCACCAGUCCCGAUAACGUCAUGAUCGAUCCGUCCCUCCGCCAUGACAUGACCAACUCGACCAGCCCUGAUGACAUCAUCAUGACUAGUCCAGAGGCCAUCUUUAGGGCCAGUCGUCCAGAGGUCAUCUAUGAUGACGUGCCCUGUGAGCGCCUCCUCUCUCCUCUGGAAGAUGACAUCUACGAGGACGUCCAGAGGCCAGAAAGCCAUCAUGGCACCAACAACGGUUGGAGCGACAGUGAGUUUGAGAGCUAUGAUGAGCAGUCAGACAGCGAGACCAAAAUACCCACUGUUGCCCGAAGCAGUAGUAAGGUCCAGAUGCUGAUGAAAGCAGCGCGAAAUGGCACCAAGGACGGACUAGAAAAGACAAAGUUAGCUAUGAUGCGUAAAGUCUCUUUCCUGCAGAAAAAAGAAACCACGGAGGAGAGUGAUGAUGACGCUGGUUAUCUGGACGUGAUGGUGUCUGAAGUGAAGCACCCACCGCCCCAGCUGAGCCCUAUGCCAAAGGGGCUUACCACCCAACAGAUUAUUAGACGCCACAUCAUUGGUUCCAUCGUACAAAGUGAGAGGAGUUAUGUGGACUCUCUCAAGAGAAUCUUAGUGGAGUACCAGAAGCCCUUGCUUGAGCCAGAGGCCCGGAUCCUGAGCGAUAAGAAGGUCCGGCCCAUAUUUUACCGGCUGCGGGAGAUCCUGCAGUGCCACUCAAUGUUCCAAAUCGCCCUGGCAUCCCGUGUGGCCGAGUGGGACCUCAGUGAGAAGAUCGGAGACCUCUUUGUGGCCUCGUUUUCCAAGUCAAUGGUACUAGACGUGUACAGCGACUACGUCAACAACUUUACUAACGCUAUGGCGCUCAUCAAGAAAGCCUGCAUUUCCAAGCCAGCUUUCCUGGAGUUUCUCAAGAAGAAGCAAGUGUCAAGUCCUGACAGAAUCACUCUUUAUGGCCUUAUGGUUAAACCAAUCCAGCGCUUCCCUCAGUUCAUCCUGCUGCUACAGGACAUGCUGAAGAACACUCCCCGGGCCCACCCUGACCGCCUGCCCCUGCAGUUGGCCCUCACCGAGCUGGAGACGUUGGCCGAGAGGCUGAACGAGCAGAAACGAGUCGCUGACCAGGUCGCUGAAAUCCAGCAGCUGGCACGCAGCAUUGGUGACCGUCAACUGAGCAAGCUCUUGAACUCAGACCAGAGGCAGCUGAUACUGUGUGAGGUACUGAUUGAGACAGUGUACGGGGAGAAAGGACAGGUCCUUAAGUCCAAGGAGCGCAAAGUUUUCCUGCUGAACGACACCCUCAUCUGUGCAAACAUCAACGUCAAGGGUCCCCCUGAUAUCAGCAGUCUAGUUCCCAUUGGUCCUAAAUACACAGUGAAGUGGAGUGCCCCCUUGUUGCAGACGCAGGUAGUGGAGGUGGGACAGGAGAGCUUCCAGAGCAAAGAUACAGGGAAACGGCCAAAUGUUGCUAAUGUUCCAGGUAAAGUGUUCCUGGGCCCUCCGAGACUGUACCAGGAGCUGGAUGAGCUACAACACGACCUGUCUGUGGUUGAAAACAUCACCCUGCUGGUGGGGACUUUACAAGGCACCUACCAGAACCUGAACACAACAGUAGGGCAGGACUGGUGCCUUGCACUGCAAAGGCUCAUCCACAUCAAAGAUGAACAGAUCCAGUGUGCCAACAAGUGCCGCCUGCGGCUGGCUGUGCCAGGCAAGCCUGACAAAUCUGGACGACCGGUCAGUUUCAUGGUGGUUUUCAACACUCCCAGUCCCCUCAGCAAGAUCUCCUGGGUCAACCGCCUACACCUCGCCAAGAUAGCCAAGAGGGAAGAGAACACGCCAGGCUGGGUGUUUGCAGAGGAUGAUGGGAAGACUAGACAUCCAUUUUGGUGUCCCCUGCUAGCCUGCCGACUUCCCAUCUUCUCCUCCAAAACACAAGACCAAAAGCUGGAGACGGCCCUUCACAACCCGGUCCAAUGUGCCCUGCUGGCAUUCUCUGCAGCCAGCACCUCUCUGCCGCAGGGCUACCUUUGGGUGGCCAGUGGAGGUGACCGCAACCAUGGUCAAGUGGAAAUCUUCUCUCUGAACCGCUCCACGCCGCGCAUGGUCAAGUCCAUCCAGAUGGGGGCGCCAGUCCUGUGUCUGGAUCACGUGAUGGAGCCUUGUCCCACCGAGGAGGAAGAGGAGGGGGAGGCUGCUGUCAAGAGCACAGGCAGGACUGGCAACACCAUCUGUGUAGGCCUGCAGGAUGGCAACAUUCAUGUGUACGGUACCGUGGACACUUCGACCCAGUGCCUGCUGACCUUCUCCAACCCAGACAGUUGUCCAGUUCUGUGCCUAAAACACUCUGCCUCCUUCCUGUUCGCUGGGCUGGGGAAUGGAAAAGUGUCUGUUUACGCUCGGAAGAGUGGAGAGGGGCUGUGGGACCCUGAGUCGUGCAGGCUGGUGACAGUCGGCAGUGGCCCCAUCCUCACCCUCCUAACCCUAGAGAAUGCUGUGUGGGCCAGCUGUGCCAACCACGUCACCGUCAUCCAGGGCUCCAGCCUCCACACACAGAGUUUUGACGCGCACCCGGAGCCCGCGGUCAGUGUGAGUCACAUGGUGCGAGCGGGGGGAGGGGUGUGGAUGGCCUUCUCUGAGGGCUCUUCCAUCCGCCUGUUCCACACGGAGACACUGGAGCACCUGCAGGAGAUCAACAUCUCCACACGCUCCACCUUCCUCAGCCCAGGGCAGCAGGGCAGCGUCCGGGUCACCAGCCUACUCAUUUGCCAGGGGCUGCUGUGGGUGGGCACUGCCCAGGGCAUCAUCGUCACCCUGCCCGUGCCCAAACUGGAGGGUAUCCCCAAAAUAACAGGUAAAGGGAUGACGUCUCUAAACGCUCACUGUGGCCCUGUGGAUUUCCUUGUGGUCACCUCCAGCACCCUGUCCCCAGACAUGCUCAAACGGGAUUCUGUCUGCGAGACUGCCGACCAGGCCAAUGGGGGAGCGGGAGGAGGAGAGGGUGGGGAGCGGAGGAAUGAAUUGUCCCAGGAGUCACUCUCGCAACCUGACUGCUCCUCCCCCCAGGGAGAGCCCACCAAGGCCAAGGGAAUGCUGCUUCAGUAUCGCCUCCGCUCAACCACCCAGCUGCCCGGAAAGCUGCUGACAGCCGAACCCGACCAGAGCCCAUGUGAUGCCCCACCGGAGACCCCGGAGCACAGCCCUGAGGACGGCUCUAUCUACGAGCUGAGCGAGGACCCUGAGGUAUGGGUGCGGGGGCAGCCCCCGGCCAGGGAGGGGCGCGGGAAGGACAAGGUGACCUCUGCUGCCGUCUUCUCCGGAGGCAGGGGGUUCCGUCGACUUGGGGAGGAGACUAUAGCAGCCAAUGGGGACCCAGAUGAAAGUACGCUCAUGGUUUGGCAACUCCCACUAACAGUGAGCCCAUGAGGAUACAAGGCUGAUUGGACGAGACGAGAGCUGGCUCCUCCCACUCGCCUGAUGUAUUGCGUGCUCUAUGAAGAAGAGACUAUUAAACAAUAUAUAUUCAGGAUGACUAGACUGUCAUGAAGGGCUAUACAGUAUGGUACAUUCCUCUACCACCUUGGUGGUUGGAUUUCUGGAUGGAGUCUGAGGGAGUAGUGGUGUGCUGCAAACUGUGAGCAUGUUUCAGGCCCUCACACACGCUCCUCCCAGCAGAUGCUUCUUCAGUCUGGCAGAUCUAGACCAGGGGGUCUCGUCAAAUGGAAUUUGAGGAGGUUCACUCAACAUGAUUUUGCAUUUUGCACGUUCUUGAAGGAAGUAUAAUUGAUAAGUGAUUGAAAAGUGACAGUUACGAAUGUUAGAUUUUCUUGUUGUCACUCUAAUUGACUCCUAUUGCCAGUGUAUCAAGUGUGUUGCUAACACAGAACAUGACAGCUAAUGUUAAUGUUAGGGUGUAUGCGAGCAUGUUUAUAAAGUACUUCUAUACUCUUUACACCCCCCCUUAAAGGGUACGUUCAUGUAAAGUGUUACCAGUUAACUUAAUGUAAAGUAGAGAUACAGUACACUUACAGGUAUCCCGCUUUUGGGGGAAAAGAGAAAUCUACAUAUAACAUUUCUCUAAAAUCAACUUGAUGAUCAACAUACUGUGUAAUAACAUCUUGUCCUGUCUUUCUGUGAGAAUGUUGUCUAAUAUCCUGUUUUCCAUUUCAAUAAACCAGAAGAUGUGAAGAAGAAGAAAAAGCACCAAGGGAAAGAAUGUCUCAGCUACUUUAUGCUUGACAGGUACUUAUUUUGGACAGUGUGUUUACACUGUGUCACGUUGUUAUUUGAAUAAAGAGAUCAUGGUCUGAUA